UCCUUCAUCUCCUUCAGGCGAUUAACAUCAGUCUGCUGAGCAGGCUUGGAGAAAAGAGGUCACUUUUACAGUUUUACCACAGCACCCAGGUCUGAACUGCAGGACAUUAUGACAGAAGUAAUUAACACCUGUGAAUCGACUGUUGGGGAUUUCAGUGCAUCUGGAGACCAGAAGAUCGGUUUUCAGAUUUUCCCAGAAUCGCAUGAGCGAUACCCCAAGCUAUCCAAGCGCUUGCCGUCCAUCGUGGUGGAGCCCACUGAGACUGGAGAAGUGGAGAGUGGGGAGUUGCGAUGGCCUCCUGAUGACUUGAGCCCUACAGUUGAAACCAGAGAUCCUCCAGCCCAGAAAGCAGGUGAGGAUCCGACAGCAGAGGUGGAGGAAGCAGGCAGAGUCUCAGCGAACUGAUGGGCACUGACUGGCAUCAAUCCAAUCUAUAACUAUGAAUGUCUUAAUGAUGGACAAGAAUGAGCAGGAGGCUCCUACAGUUAGGUCUGACUACAGUAUCACCCGCAAUAGAGCCACCCACCUGUUGAUAGACCUUCCAAUCCAGUAGGGGGAGCUGAGACCUGAGAGACUUUCCUGAAAUAACUCAUGUGCCAAACUCUAGUAGUAGCCAGCUACUGUGAUUGAGUUGUACCUUCUUUCCCAUAACAUUAUGAUUCAUAUAUAAUUCUAACAUUAAUUUGUACCUGUUUUUAAGUGACUUAUUGAAAUUGAGUACAUUUGGACCAAAGUUCAACUUUAAAUACAGCUUAAAUAUUUGACCCUAUUGAUCUACCACAUGCAUAUCUACAAAGCUUAUCAUUUUAAACAAUGUCAAUGUAUAGUUUCUCUGCAGUAGAGGUUCUUAACAAAUAUAAAUGACCUUCAAAAUGUACAGUAGAUUAUAUUUUACAGUGUGUUAUCAUAUAUUCAGUUCAAUUUAAAGCGGCUAUUAAUUAAAGUAGUGCUCCAUUCUGAAAGCAGAUGCCGUAGUAACUGUAUCCUCACUUGGCUGUAUUUUCAUCGGAAAGGAAACUUGGCAGACACCUGCUUCAGAAAUGUCAUUCAGUAUCAUAAUACAUAUUUAGUGUUCUCUGGAUAACAGCCAGCUGGCUAACUAAGCUAGUUAUAAGUUAGUCACAUUAUGUAGCUACAUAAACUGAGGCUGCAUCAUACUAGCUAGUUCAAUUAAAUUACAGAAUGACUUCUGAAAUACUCUGAGUACAAAUGACUGUUAUAUCUGUUAAGCAAAACCGUAAAUAAAUGUUAAGUAUCUAUGAAACAACAAUUCACUUACAUUUGUAAAUAUAUUUCUCCAUAGGAUUGACAGUUUGGUCCAUCAUACCUUCUGUCCAUCAUGUCCAAUGCAUGCUGCAUUGGGCUCAAAUCUGCCCAAAACAAGUCUCCUUAGUGGACAGCUGCCAUAGGACAGUCUUAAUCUAGAGAGAAUGCUAAUGUUGACAAAAUUAUUGUGUAUAUCUUGGGAGCAACUUUCUGGUUGGAUCACAUAGAAACCACACUCGUAUGGGUUGCUUUUUCUUUCUUUCUUUUUUUGUUGGUAAAAUUAUUAUUAUUAUUAUUAUUAUUAUUAUUAUUAUUAUUAUUAUUAUUAGUUCUGUCUAGCAGGUUACCUAUUCAGCUUCAUUAUUCAGGUUCAUUGUAAGAGUAACCAUCUACAUGCGCAAAGGUGGUUAUUUAUUUAUUUAUUUAUUUACUUUUUACACAUUGUACCACAUUGCAUGUGUAUAAUUGCAUUUAUCUUAAUAAUUCUAAUUCAGUUAUUCAAAUUUUUUAACACACAGUCACAUGGACCAUCUUUCAAAGACCAAAAAACCCAAAAUAAUCUGUCUAGGUGAUGUACCAGGAAUGUCCAGUUAGUGUAAAAAAUAAAUAAAUAAAUAAAUAAAUAAAUAAUAUUAAUAAAAAAAUAUUUGUUCACUUUUUAGUGAGAUGCCAACUUGUUUGGUCUGACAACAUAUUACAAGUAAUUAUAUUAAGAUUAGAAAUGGCAGCACCUUUCUAAGGACAGAUGUCAGGUGUGAAAUGAUGGGGGUAUCAGAUUGAGAUAUUGGUGACACAAGCAGCGACACACACCCCGCAGCAGCUGUCACACGCUUUGUGUCCGAAGUCUGCCAGCUGUCCAUUUCACAGUCAAAAUGGUCGCUCUUGCCACUGUAAUCUUGUCUUAAAUUAAUCCCAGUGAAUUGGUGUAAUAAAGAUACAGGGUGCUUACUAUCUUCCUAAACUGUGAGCAUUUUGUCGAACUACAUUCGGCUGUUUCCUACUUAUUUAUCUCUAGGAACUGGUCUAGAGUGAUUGGUUCCUAAGCUGAAUUCAAAGCAUGAUCAUUUCAGAGUCACCUUCCUUUCUUCUCGCACACUGGAAAAGUACUAUAGAAGGCUGUCACUUAAAUUUAUUCCUCGUGGAUGGAGACUCUCCGGCAACAGAGCGCUAAAAGUACACAGGUGGCUCUUGGGAAAUAAUGCGCUACCAAGUUGAGUCACAUAGUGCCUGAGCUGUGAGUUGACAGCCCUGAGAUGAUUUUCACUUCUUCUCUAGAAGAGAACUUUUCCAUCAGUGUGACCUUUUUGAU